UCUGACACGUUAUUUAUCUGACACUGCACUCGGUUCUGCUUUGCUAGGAGAAAAACUCACAAAAAAGUCCCCCUCCAUCAGCACUUUCCUUUGUGGGAGCAGGGGUGCAGCUUUUAGUGGCCUGUUCGGCCCAUCCUAAUUCUCAGUCCCAGCCCAGUGACCAGAGCUACGGCCUGUGUUUGUCAUCCAGCACAGUGCCGAGCCUCAUCGUUGUCUCUCUUUGCUCCAUGUCGAUUUGAGUUUUGUGGGGUCUGAUCAGCCUCAAUGAGGUGUACGCUUCCCUUUCUUACCCAGCUGUUCCCAUGUCACUUAUGACUGAACCUUGAGAGACGUACUUGACGGAUAGUCGCUGUGGCUGUUUUAGUGUUUAAGUGUGAGAAAGUCUGUUUUUGUCGAUUCCAUCAGCAUUCAUUUGAGACUUACUGACUAGUGAAGUGCUGAAGAAAAUGGCUUCCUUUAAACUGGAUUUUCUGCCAGAGAUGAUGGUGGACCAUUGCAGUUUGAGUUCCAACUCAGUAACCAAGAAGAUGAAUGGGUCUCUGGACCACCCAGACCAGCCUGACAUUGAUGCUAUAAAGAUGUUUGUGGGUCAGAUCCCUCGGACGUGGUCAGAGGAUCAGCUGCGUGAGCUGUUUGAGCCCUAUGGUGCAGUUUAUGAAAUCAAUGUUCUUCGGGACAGGAGUCAGAACCCCCCACAGAGUAAAGGUUGUUGUUUUGUCACAUAUUACAACCGUAAAUCUGCAUUAGAAGCACAAAAUGCCCUUCACAACAUGAAGAUUCUUCCAGGGAUGCAUCAUCCCAUACAGAUGAAGCCUGCAGACAGUGAGAAAAACAAUGCGAUAGAAGAUAGAAAGCUGUUUGUUGGAAUGAUUUCAAAGAAGUGCAAUGAGAAUGACUUAAGGCUCAUGUUUUCCCCAUACGGUCAACUUGAGGAGUGCCGCAUACUGAGAGGCCCUGAUGGACUGAGCCGUGGCUGUGCCUUCAUCACAUUCACAGCGAGACAGAUGGCCCAGUCUGCCAUCAAAUCCAUGCACCAGGCACAGACCAUGGAGGGCUGUUCUUCUCCCAUCGUGGUGAAGUUUGCAGACACUCAGAAGGAUAAAGAACAGAAACGUAUCGCCCAGCAGCUGCAGCAACAGAUGCAACAGCUCAAUGCUGCCUCUAUGUGGGGAAAUCUUACAGGACUGAACUCACUUGGGCCACAGUACCUUGCACUUUAUUUGCAGCUUCUACAACAGUCUGCAUCCUCUGGAAAUGCGCUCAACAAUCUCCAUCCAAUGUCAGGUCUGAAUGCCAUGCAGAAUCUGGCUGCAUUAGCGGCAGCAGCGAGUGCUACACAGGCCACCCCCACAGGUAGCAGUGCUCUGACCACCUCCAGCUCCCCCCUCAGCGUCCUCACCAGCUCAGGUAUGCCCUCCGGACAGCCUGCUCAAUCUGCCUGGGACGCCUACAAGGCGGGUUCCUCUCCCACCUCCAGUACAAGUUCUUCUGUGAACCCCAUGGCGUCUUUAGGUGCUCUUCAGUCUCUUGCUGCGGGCGCUGGAGCAGGUCUCAACAUGAGCUCCCUAGCAAGCAUGGCUGCUCUGAAUGGUGGUCUGGGCAGCGGAGGUCUCUCGAACGGCUCGGGCAGUGCUAUGGAAGCUCUGACUCAGGCAGCCUAUUCUGGGAUCCAGCAAUAUGCCGCUGCCGCUCUGCCCAGCCUCUACAGUCAGAGUUUACUGUCCCAGCAGAACGUUAGUGCCGCUGGCAGCCAGAGGGAAGGCCCUGAAGGAGCAAACUUGUUCAUCUACCAUCUGCCACAAGAGUUUGGUGAUCAGGAUUUGCUGCAGAUGUUUAUGCCUUUCGGCAAUGUUAUCUCUGCCAAGGUCUUUAUUGACAAACAGACCAACCUUAGCAAGUGUUUUGGCUUUGUUAGUUACGACAAUCCAGUUUCGUCUCAGGCAGCCAUUCAGUCAAUGAACGGUUUUCAGAUUGGAAUGAAGCGACUGAAGGUGCAACUUAAGCGAUCCAAAAAUGACAGCAAGCCAUACUGAGUCAUUUUACUCUCAAAUGGACUUGGUUUAAAAAAGUUUUUCUGAUAUCUUCGUGCCCGUUUGUCAUCGUUUGCCUAGCAUGUCGAUGUGACGUCAAAAGUUCAUCGUCCAGUCCGUUGUCCUCUUCGCUUCUCUGACGCUUGAAAUUUCACACUUGACCUUUUUGUUAACUUUUGACGCUUAUUGAUUACUUAUUUUGUUUGUUUCUUUGUGUGAUGUUCAUUUGUCAUUUAUGCUGCCAAUAGGGAGCGUUAGAAAGACUGCUAAAAGUGUAAAAAGUUUCAUGAAAAUUGUUCUGAGCAAAGAGUCUAUUUUUCUAGAACGUACAAACAUAACCACUAGAUUUUUGCAGAAGUUUUUAAUUCUCGUUUCAUUUUUCCGAUUUUUUUCUUUAUUGAUUUUUAUCGUUUAAGCAGUCUUCCUAACGCUUCUAAUUGUACUCCUUUUUGAUUUUGUUUUUCUUCUCAAAGCAGCCCUUCAGUUUAUAGAAUCACUUGUGUGUUCAAGUGUGGGUGUGUUUACCUCUUUCUCUCACUUGUUAGUUCUAAAACUUUUAGAGGAUGUUUUCGUCACAUUUUGCUGAAAUCGAGGAUAAACGUUGUAAUUUUGUGUUAGGUUAGUUGGCAUGAUGUAAUUUUGGGAGUUUCUAUUAACAGCGUGACAUUACAAUAGACACUUGAAUUGCCUUUUUUCUUUGUGUCGAGCCAACACA